CAUAUUUUCAGGAAUCCAAUGAUAACUACACCUCCAGGGCUUUAUUUCCUUGUUGUUUUAUUUGGUUUUUGUGGUUAUGAGCGUUACCUCAAUUCGUUAAUUUUGCCCUUUUGUUUUGCUGGUUUAUGUCGUUUGAGACGAUUUAUUUUAAGUUCUACUAAAGGAAAAUUAAAAAAAGAUAUUGAUCAAUUCAGAGAUGUUCGAUUACCUGCUUUAACAAUUUGUUUCCUCCCUGUCUUGCUUAAUAAUUCCUUUCUUUAUUAUACAGAUCUUCUUUCCCUCACAGCUUUUAUUUGGGGUAUUUCCUUCAAUUCUUCUUUAAUUUCAUCAUUAUUUUUGGCAUUGGCAGUGCUUACAAGACAGGCACAUUUAUUCAAAAAAAAUUUUUUUAGUGAAAAAAAAAAUUUUUAA